AUGUCGACUGUGAGCCAGAGCCAAACAAGCAGAAGUGAACACGGAUACGAGGUCAGGCGUCCCCCGCAAUCUUUCGGGGGCGAUGUCAAAGAGGUCGAGUUUGGAGCCUUUGACCAUAGCGGUAUUCCGCUCGAUGAAGAGGAAUGGCCUGUGGCCAUCAUAGGAUCGAGCAUGGUGGGCAUGAUGACAGGCAUACUCCUCGGCUAUCAUGGCAUCAAAAGCAUAUCUUUCGAUAGGCAUCCGCCCUCCAGCACACACCCAAGGGCCGCGGGGUUAAAUUAUCGCACUGUCGAGAUCCUUCGUCAACUGGGAUUGGAAGAGGUAGCCAAGGCGGAAAGCGGCAAGGAAUUCGACAUCGAUGCAGGUAUGCUGGUGGUGGAAAGGCUGGUGGGCGGCAAAGUGAUUGCGCAAGUGCAAGAGAAUGAUCCUGCCGAAGUUAAGGAAGUGACGCCAUGCACGAGCUGGCUCUGGAUCACUCAGGCGAUGUUCGAGCCCUUGCUACGGUCCAACGCCGGCAAGUUCGACUGCACACAAUUAUACGGAAAGCUUGUGGUUCAUUAUGAGGAAGAUGCAAACGGCGUGCUGGUGGUAGUACAGGAUCUGAAAACAAAGGAGUACAAGAAGCUCAGAGCACAGUAUCUUGUUGCCUGUGAUGGCAACAGAAGCAGUACCCGAGUUAAGGAGGGUAUCAUGCUGAGGGGGUCUGGGACCCUACGUGACAGUCUCUCGAUGCGAAUUGUGGGAAACUUGGCCCCCCAUCUCGGCACUCGGUCCGUACACGGCGUUGUGUACGUUCUCAACUCAAACAUCAGUGGGGGGUUUCGGCUUGAAGACCAAGGCAAGGCGGCGAUUGUCAUGGUGAACAGAGCUGGCGACAGGCACAAUUUUCCAGAAGGCAGCGUUAGUCCAGAAGAGGCGCGCAAAUACGUGUAUGAACUAUCCGGACUACCCGAAGACAUGGAGCUGGAAGUACAGACUUGUUCAUACUGGACGAUGACGUCCUACAAUGCAGAUAGGCUGCAGUCGCAUGGCGGACGCGUGCUGAUUGCCGGUGAUGCUGCGCAUACGAUGCCACCCACAGGGGGUCUUGGAGGUAACACCGGCAUCGGUGAUGCGCACAACCUUGCAUGGAAGCUCGCAUUCGUGCUCAAGGGGCUUGCGUCUCCGGCGCUUCUGGAAACAUACACCCAAGAGCGGCAACCGGUUGACGCUUUUGCAGUAGACCAAGCAACCAAGCGCUUUCACAACCGCGUUGACCACGUACAGCCUUCCCUUGCCGAGGAAGGCAACUUGACAGUGGAACUUGGCUAUCGUUAUGCCAACGGCGGAGUCGUCCACGGAAAUGGCCAUGGCGCGCCGAGUGAAGAACCAUUCGAGAACCCACUCGCGCCCUCUGGCACUGCUGGAACCCGAUUACCGCACGUAUGGCUGCAAUACGGGGACGGGUAUGAUAAAUCUGUCGAGCGUGUGUCGACACUUGACCUAGUGCGGCGAAACCUUGUUUUGAUUGCGACGGAACGGGAUUCGCCGUGGCUUGCCGCCGUGCGGGCUACCGCAUCAUGUGGGCUAGCGCCCAUUGAUGCAUAUGAAUUGCAUGAGACGUCAGCACCUUAUCGCGAUGUUGCGGGAGCGCUGCGCCAAAAAUGUAAGUUGGAGAUGGACGAGGCACUACUCAUACGCCCAGACGGUUUCAUCGCCUGGAGGGCGCGAUCAGACGGUGGCCAUAGCGACGCGCUGCAGUCAGCGCUGCGGCAAGUGCUCGGGAUUCCGAGCUCGUGA